AUGGUUGCUCACAUUAUGAGUUAUACAAACAUGGUCAAAAUUUGUGUCGUUUGCGGUGAUAAAGGGCGAGCCAGAAAUUUUGGUGUCUUUACGUGCGAGUCGUGUAAGUCUUUCUUUAGGAGAUAUGGACUUAAAGAACAGCGAUUGAUUUGUCCAUCAAAUGGCAAAUGCGAUAUAAAUGUAAUGACGAGACGGAUGUGCCGUAACUGUAGGCUUAAGAAGUGUUUUGCAGUCGGACUCAAAAAAGAAUUAAUACGAAGUGAUGAGGAAAACGAUUACCGGAAAGAAUUGAUUAAAGAAAACAAAUUAAAACAUAAACUCAGCGAUGAAUACAAUAAUUGUAUUGAUUUUUCGACAAUCAGUGAUUAUAAUGGUAUCAAUCAAUUGGAGUCCAAACGCAUAGCAGAACUACUGAACGCUUCGGUUAUAUUUAAUUAUCCAUUGAAUAUCAAUGCGAGUAUACAUAGGAUUAAAAAUUUUGAUGAAAUGUUUUUGGGAUUCCGAGACUUAAACGAUGAGUUUGUUAAGCAAAUCAUUAAUUUCUCAAAAAGUCUGAACGGAUUCAACAAUAUCUGUGCCGACGAUAAGUAUGCGCUCAUGAGAUAUGGGGCCAGAGAUCAGGUGCUAAUCCGUAGUCUUAAAUACUAUAUUAAAGAGAUCAAUGUUGACAACAAUUAUGCUCUUCAAUCCAGCUCAACCCAAUUUGACUCGAACAACAACUGUAUAUAUAUUUACUGCAAAGAUAUCUACUAUUGA